GUCAGCCAGUCAGCGUUGAGGAUCAGGGAGGGGUUGGUUUAUGGUCAGGAAGUGUGUUCAACAAGCGAAAACAGAAGGUAAACUGUCGAGUUUUGCGCUUCGAUAAGUCGAAACGUCGAAGUGAAUUAUGACUUUUAAGGCCGACGGCACGCAAAGAUGCAAUGGAGGUCAAUAGUCGUGGGCCUUCUCGUUUUGAGGUUGGUUGUGAGUUGCGCCCUGUGGCUAAUAUUCGGACUGGGUCCCAGCUGGGGCUUCGACUUCCCCAUAAAAUUCACGUUCAGCUUGCAUAAAAUUGAACUUCUCCAGAAUGCAGACCAAGCCACGGCCAAACCCACCGCCUGGUCGCAACACAUGUACGAAGACAGAAACCCGCAAGCGAAGACCUGCUCCAAGAUAAGCGGCGAUUCACCAAAGAAAUUUUAUCUUAGUUUUCUUCGGGAUGCCAGAGAUGAGUACGAUAAAAAGUACAGCUCGUUCCCUGACGCACUCAAAGUCAAGAUGAGGGGGAUGGCGAGGGAUAUGUUUUAUUUUGGAUAUGAUAACUACAUGAAGUUUGCAUUUCCUGAGGAUGAACUCAAUCCUAUAGCUUGUGAAGGUCGAGGGCCUGACGUGCUUAACCCGUCAAAUAUCAACAUCAACGAUGUCCUUGGAAACUACUCUCUGACCCUCAUUGAUGCUCUUGAUACACUGUUGGUUCUUGGAAAUGUGACCGAAUUCCAUCGAGCCGUCAAGCUGGUUAUUGAUACGGUCUCCUUUGACAAGGACUCCACUGUACAAGUCUUCGAGGCCAACAUUAGAAUCCUUGGCAGUUUAAUCUCAUCCCAUAUUCUGCUCACUGACCCUCGUCAGCCGUUUGGUGACAUUGAACUGAAGGACUAUGACAAUGAACUUCUUCAUCUUGCACAUGACCUGGCUGUGCGACUGCUGCCUGCAUUUGAGAACACUAGCACAGGCAUCCCCUACCCCAGGGUGAAUUUAAAGAAGGGCGUCCCACCUGACAGCAUCAAUGAGACCUGUACUGCAGGAGCGGGCUCGCUGCUUGUCGAGUUUGGGAUUCUGAGCCGUCUAAUUGGCGACUCUACGUUCGAAUGGGUCGCCCGGCGGGCUGUUAAAGCCCUGUGGGACUUAAGAAGCAAUGAAACCGGAUUGCUGGGGAAUGUGGUGAACAUUCAAACUGGCCAGUGGGUUGGGAAGCAGAGUGGUCUUGGUGCCGGCAUGGAUUCAUUUUAUGAGUACCUUCUCAAGUCUUACAUCUUGUUUGGAGAGAAGGAAGACUACAAGAUGUUCACUGCGGCUUACGAGAGCAUUCAGAGCCACCUGAGAAGAGGAAGAGAGGCAUGCAAUGAAGGAGAGGGCGACCCACCUCUGUAUGUAAAUGUGAACAUGUUUAACGGACAGAUCAUGAACACUUGGAUCGACUCCCUGCAGGCGUUUUUCCCAGGACUACAGGUUUUGAAUGGAGAUGUUGAAAACGCCAUUUGCCUUCACGCCUUCUACUAUGCAAUCUGGAAGCGUUUCGGGGCUCUUCCUGAACGAUACAACUGGCAGCUUCAGGCCCCAGAUGUGCUUUUCUACCCUUUAAGGCCUGAACUAGUAGAAUCAACGUACCUGCUUUAUCAGGCUACCAAGAACCCUUUUUAUCUUCAUGUUGGGAUGGACAUUCUCGAAAGCCUUGAAAAGAAUACCAAAGUCCGGUGUGGUUAUGCUACGCUCCAUCACGUGGUGGAUAAGUCCAAAGAGGAUCGCAUGGAGAGUUUCUUCCUUAGCGAAACCUGCAAAUACCUUUACUUGCUCUUUGAUGAAGACAACCCACUGCACAAGUCCGGUUAUAAAUACGUCUUCACUACAGAGGGCCAUGUAGUGCCAAUAGAUCAGCGCUUCAGGCAGAAGAGCUGGGAAGACCAGGUUCCCUGUGAAGAGCCCAGAAAUGAGCCAAAAGCCAAUACAAGCAACUGUGAACGGAUUUCUGAAGAGCGACGUUUCGGUCUUCCGCUGAAGAGUAUGUACAUGCGGCAGAUUGACCACAUGGUGGGGCUGUCUUGAUGUCAGUGCGCGCCCUGGAGGCCUCAACACUUUAGGAACCCCCUGGUGGGGUUCAGCAAGUCUGCAAACAGAAAACUUUAAGUCUCUUUUGCACAGGAAGUGGUGAGAAAAUUAACUGAACACCGGUACCAGUCAUUCU